AUGACAGAUAAUUCUCAUUCCGCGAAUGAACCAGGGCCGGACGUCAGAGAAAUACCAUCGAUUAACGUUCACGGAACGAAUUCUAUAUCUGGAGGCGGGGACAAUAACAACAAGGCCUCGGAGAAAAGAACGACAGCGACGGACAGUGUCCCUCCAUGCACAGCUUCUACCAGUCGCACGAAGAUCAAUGCGAGCAAGGAGCAGGCUGAACAACAAGGAACUCAUAGGUGUCAUUUCAGCGAGGAUGUCGUCAAGGUCAUGGUCACGCCCAGUCAUAAUUCAGAAUUACAUGUAUCAGGCCAGAUCGACUGCAACAAUCAGGCAUCAACCAGCACCACGACGACCGACGUUGUGGUAUCUCAGUCCAAUGUCCUAAGAAUGGUCAAGUCAACUUCCCUCCGAAGCAUCUCUGGUCGCCUGAACAACAACUGUGGCAACGCAACAGCCCGAGACGCUUCGCAACAAAGCUCGAAGACGACACGACUGUGCAUCUACAUCUGUGUCAUUUACAUAUCCCUCACAAUGCCCAACAUCACUACACAGCUUCUCUUUCACGCAAUUCCGACCUUGUCUAAGAGUUCGACAAUGUCCGACAUCUACAUUGUGGCGUACAUGCUUUCGUUGCUGAACACAGUCUCGAACCCUUUCGUGUAUGCCAUUAUGCACAAGACGUUCUGCGCUGAAAUGAAGAUCAUGUGGAAACGAAUCUCAAAUUUUAUCCUUGAUAUAGCAUGUUUUCAUUAUGACGAAGACUUAGCUUAGUGAAAAAUUUGCGGCAAUAAAUGUAAAAAUCUCGUCGUUUGAACAGAUGGCUAAAAACUUGUAAAAACUGUAGCGAUGAUUCUGAACUGAAAAAAUUUGAAUUUCUGUUUGUCGCAUGUUUAAUCAAGCCAAACUACU